AAUGUCAAAUUGCACUGAUCUAAUACAAGUAUCCUCCUCCUCCUCAUCAAUUUCUGAUGACAUAUAUGAUUUGUUUUUAAGUUUCAGAGGUGCCGACACUCGUAAUGGCUUCACCGAUCACCUCUACAACGCCCUUAUGGAUGCCGGUGUCAACACUUUUUUGGAUGAUGAAGAGAUUGAAACUGGAAAGCAGCUGCAACCCGAACUGGAGAGGGCGAUUAAAUCAGCUAGGGCUUCUAUAAUCGUCUUGUCUGAGAAUUAUGCUUCUUCCACUUGGUGUCUGGAUGAAUUGGUAUUAAUCCUUGACCAAAACACAAAGUUUAACCACAUUGUGAUCCCCCAUAUUUUAUCAUGUCGAGCCCACCAACGUCAGGAAGCAAAAACACAGCUUUGGGGAAGCAUUGGAAAAGCAUAGAGAGAAGAUGAGAUGUGAAAAAAAUGAAGUGAAAAGAAUUCAAUGGGGUCAAAAGAUCCGGUCAUGGAAGAAGGCACUUACACAAGUAGCUGAUUUGAAAGGACUAGAUGCAAAGAACAGGAAAGAGUCGGAGUUUAUUAAAGAAGUUGUAAUCGACAUCCAACGUAGAUUAGGUGUACCUUCUAAUAAUAAACGGCCACUUCUGGUCGGGGGCGACUAUAUCAAUGAGAUGAGAUCCAUUAGUUCAUGGUUGACAGAUGGAUCUUGUCAUAUUGUCGACGUUCUCACAAUUGUAGGCAUGGGUGGGAUUGGGAAGACAUCCCUGGCCAGAUAUGUUUUCAUGCUACACUCGCGUACAUUCCACAAAAGCUGCUUUAUUGAAGGUAUUAAUACAAGAUGUAAUGAAAAGAGUAAUGGAUUGCUUAAAUUACAAAAGCAACUUCAUGGAGACCUUUCAAAAGAAAUCCAGUUACGAGUUAAUAAUGUCUCUGAAUACACCUCUAAGAUUGAGAAUGCACUUAAACUUAACAAGGUAUUUGUAGUGCUUGAUGAUAUUCAUAGUCUCGAUCAGUUGGAUGCUUUACUUGGAAAAGAAGGUUUUCAUCCAGGAAGCAAAAUCAUAAUUACAACCAAGGAUGCAUCUUUAACAGAAAGGUGUUCAUUGUUCAACCCACAAGUUCAACCAAAGCGUAAGACGGUCUCACUUAAUGGCUUAACCGAGUCUGAAUCGCUAGUGCUUUUAUGCAUUCAUGCAUUCAAGAGACAAAACCCCAAAGAAGGUUACAAAGAGGUUUCGGAAAAUCUUGUGAAGUACUGUGAGGGACAUCCAUUGGCUCUUGAAGUUUUGGGCAAGUCUCUGAACAAGCGAGAUGUAGCAUAUUGGGAAGACUGCAUAAAUGGACUGAAGAAAGAACCUCAUUCCCAUAUAAAUAAGGCAUUGAAAAUGAGCCUUGAGUCUUUGCCAUUAAAAAAUGAUAAGGAAUUGUUUAAGCAUAUUGCAUGUUUCUUUGUGGGAAUAGAUAGAGAUUUGACUGAAACAAUACUGAAAGAAUGUGAUAUUAACACAAGAUCUGGGAUUACGAAUCUCAUUGAUAGACACCUUGUUAGAAUAGGUUGGAAAAACAAGCUGAUGAUGCAUCAAUUGGUUCAAGAGAUGGGAAGAGAUUUAGUACGUCAAGAAUCACCUGACAAGCCAUGGGAGCGUAGUCGAUUAUGGUGUCACGAGGAGUCAUUCAAAGUCUUGAAACAAAAGAAAGGUCAGAGAAAUCUUCUAGGUCUUGCCCUUGACAUGAAAAUGCUUGACAAAAAGAAGGUACGUGGAUCUUUGGAGCUAACAACAGACUCAUUAAGCAAUAUGGAUAAUCUGAUGCUACUACAACUCAAUUAUGUACAGUUAAAAGGAUCUUUCGACAAGUUUCCAGAAGAAUUAAGAUGGUUGUGUUUGCAUGGCUUCCCUUUAAAGUCUAUACCUCCAGAAUUGUCAUUGGAGUAUCUGGUUGCUCUUGACAUGUCCUAUAGCAAUAUUGUGUCAUUUGGCAUGUGUUACACCAACACACAACAACUUGAAAGCGGGCCAAAGCUGUCUGGGUCAGGUUCAAAAGACAAACGAUUGCUUGGAUUAUUGAAGAUUCUUGAUCUGAGUUUCUGUCAACAACUUCAUAGCCUCGGUGGUUUUUUCGAACUCCAUGCACUUGAGAGGUUAAUAGUUAAAAAUUGCACAAGUUUGAUAGAGGCGUGUGAAUUAGUUGAGCAAUGUGUUGAACUUCUCCACAUUGAUCUGAGUUACUGCUACAAGCUUAAAAAGCUUCUGAUAGGCAAGUUAAAGAAGGUUAAAACACUGUUUUUAGAAGGCUGUAAUUAUGAUGAAUCUCAAACCGAGAUACGUGGUAUAAGUUCAUCAGAUAGUAGCUUAAACUCACAGACCUCUUCGUAUAAUGCCAUCAUGGAGGCUACACCAAGUGAUUUCAAGUUCUUUGCAAUUUCCUUACCGAGCUCAUUAAUAUUCUUGUCACUUGCAAAUAAUAAUUUGUCUAACGAAUCCUUUCCCAUGGACACGAGUUGCCUAUCCAUGUUAGAGGAAUUAUGUUUAGAUAAUAAUCCAAUUGGAUCAAUGCCCAACUGCGUGAGAAGCCUUCCUAGGCUUAAGUUGAGAUCAAUCGAGCAUCCUCCACCGAAGUUAAGAAGGUUAUCAGCUGAACCUUCAUUGAACCAUUUAAAUGUGGGGAAAAUAAAAUUUGAUCCCCAAAUGUCCCCGCUCAACUUUUAUAGAGGCUUGAAAACGUUAGAACCUUGGUCACUUGAAAUCGAUGGCAUGGUUAAAAUCCAACCAUUGGUAGACGUCGAGGAAAAGGUAUUAAAUAGAUUGGGCUGGAAAAAUUUGGAGUCUGUUAAAGAAAGGCAAUGGGGAACUUGCUACUUUACUGGAUCAAAUACAUCACCUAAAACCCAGAUGUAUUAUGAAUUUGGAAUAUUCAGCACAUUUUAUGAGGGGAAGGAAAUGCCAGAGUGGAUCGAUGAAUUUCGAAGCGAUGGCCCAUCAAUAUCAUUUACGAUCCCGUCAUCUGUUAAGAAGCUCCGUGGGUUGAAUUUCUGUUGUGUGGAGAUGUAUCCACAAUGGAAUUAUUUUAAGUUACCAAUGAUCAAAAUUAGUAACAUUACAAAAGAGCACACUUGGAUUUAUGAUCAUUAUGUUGAGGAAUUUGACUUGGGUGGAAAGUGUUUAAACUUUUUAAGCUAUUGGAUGUUUGAGCCGAAUGAGAUGAGAAGUGAUGACGAGAUUACUAUUACUGUGGAACAGAUACCAAACUGGGUUUCGCACACACAAGUUACAAAGCAUUGCGGGGUGACGCUUGUGUAUGAAGAUGGAAUGAUUGAGGAAGAAGAAGAUGCAUUGGAUUAUUACAAGUCAUGGAAUCACAUAAUCGGCGGAGAUCUCUCUGGUUUCCAGUUAGCAACACCAACAGGAGAAUACCUCUUAUAUAACAUGCGCUUUCAGAACCGGACCGAUACAUCACGAUUUCGUACUCUCAUUGCUCAUGGAGCCAGUUACAAAGGUACAUGUUUUAUAAAUUAAAAUUUAGUCAAGUGGAUGUGUGAAUGCAUGGAUAACAUGGAAGUGGGAGAGUAUAGCUAUGGAUUUCGUAACCAAACUUCCGCCCACGCCAUCAGGUCACGACAGCAUUUGGGUCAUAGUUGAUCGUCUGACCAAAUCAGCCCACU